AUGGACCCUAAAUCAUUCUUGAGCAACAGCGGCGCGAGCGUGACCGAGGUGACUGAAAUCAUAAGCGGUGACACCACAAACGUACAUGGAAACCUUUCCAGGAAUUUGGGGCUUGAAUACCUCUUUUUGUUGGGUCAUGGAAUUGUACAGUUUAAGCUGUUCGUUGUUUGCCAUUUCGAUCUGCGCCUCGACAAGGACGAUGAGGAGAAAUUAGGGAUAAAUGCCAUCUAUAGAGAGGCUGAAGAUGGUGAAAAAGAAUGUAAUGGUAAUAUUAUUAGAACCAAAUUCCUUGGAAUACACCCGCAAACGCAAAGAUUAAAAAAUUUAGCUAGACGCACUAACACUUGA